AUGUACUCAAAGGAUAUCUAUGAAAUCGAAAACAUUGGUAACUGGUCACAUGCAGCUAGGGAUGAAUUUGGUACCAAGUACAAUGUAAUGAUGGAAAAAUCAGUUGAUACAAGAGUAGCUGCCAUAAAGGCUUCAUCUCAGAACAAGCAAACGGGAAACCUUUCAGUUCUGGAGAUUAAAGCUCCAGAUACCUCCAAGGUAGAUAUUGUAAAAGAUAGUAAGAAUGGAGUGGAACAUACCACAUAUACUCCGAAGAGUGGUUCCAAAAUGACGUCUGUUGUUGACGGUCAGACUUCUAUAUGGACAUCUUCUGGAAAUGAGAAAUGCACAUUCGCUGAACUAUCGUCCAAGGGAGAUUCAUCUCUACUUUUAAUCUCUCUUGAAAAUGCUUAUGUGUACUUUGAAAAGAAUGCUGACGGUGAAUGGGUCUCUAUUGAGAAGGAUGGAUAUGAUAGGAAGAUAGAGGAACUGCAAGAUAUUGCGAAGCAAAAAGGAUCUCAAGUAGCAGCCAGGGAUAAUCUAGAAGCGAAUGCAGAGCCUAAUGAUAAACCCGAAGGAACCUACGCUCCAAAACCAACUGAAUCUAAGGAAGAAGCAUCUCCACAAGCUAAUGGAGCUACCCAGAAAUCCCAACAAAUGAUCACCACGGAUCCAAAUACUUUGGAUAUUUCUAACCCAGAUAAAUCCAAUGUAGAUGAAGAAUCUGGAAAAGACUCCAAGAAAUAUUUUCCAAAGGAUAACAAACAUUUCAACGAGGUUAAGGAGGGAGAUACAAGCAUAUGGAGGGCUGGAGCUAAUGAGUACUGCAAAUUUGUAAGAGUGUCCUUGAAAGGGAAUACACCAACCGAGGUUUCAUUAAACGUCAGAAAUAAUGCUAACAAUGAAGAAAUUCAUGUAAAGAAUUUUAAGAAAGAGGGUGGUUUAUGGCAGCUUAUAUCCGGAAGAUUAACUAAUUCAGACUCAAGGAGGACAAAUGAUUGA